AUGCCCAGCAGGGACCAGGGAGACUGGCUCCAGGACUGGCUCGGAGAGGCUGAGGCUGUGACAUCUGUCCAUCCACCUACUUCGACCUCCUGGACCUCCCCUACCAGUUCAUCAGCCACCCCCCAAGGACUGCACCUCACACUGGAUUUGCCUGGAGACCUUGUUCACUCCUGGCAGCCCCAGCUGCUGGGGAGGAUCCCGGUGCCUGAAGGGGCUGCAGGGGGGCCCCGGGGCCUGCACUGCUCCCCAGAUGGCCUGCUCUUCCUGACAGCGGGGACUGUACCCUGCAUCCACGUGCUGGACCUUGAGGGACGCCCUGUCUGCCACCUGCCCUGCCACAUUCCAGGGGCUGGGGACUUCGUGCCAGAGGAUGUGGCUGUGACAGCUGCUGGCCUCGUGGUAGUCAGUGACCUCGUCCACGGGGCUGUCCGUGCGCUCCAGCACACUGCCCGAGCCCCUCAGGGCCGCUGGGUGACAGUGGGCAACUUCUUGGCCCCCCAGGGGCUGGCUGUGGAUGCCUUUGGCCGAGUCUUGGUGACAGAUUAUGUGCCCGGGGCUGUGCACAGCUUCACACUGGGCCCUGCCUUAGAGCCGCUGGCCCCUGCCUCCAUACUGGGCCUGGAGGGCCCCUGCUGGGUGGGCCCAGGGCCUGAUGGGGGCCUGGCUGUGAGUGAGGAGUUUGGGGAUGUGCGGCUGUUUGGCAGUGCCUGCCAGCCCCUGGGCUCCCUGAGAGGACUGACUGGGCACAGCUUUGGCAGCCCAGCAGGUGUGUGCACUGAUGCAGCGGGCAGUGUCAUUGUGGUGGACGAGCAGCAGUGCCAGGUGACCCUGUUCCCCCGGGCCAGGGCACCCAUCUGCCUGGUGUCCGAGGGGCUAGGGCAGCCCCUGGGUGUGGCCUGUACACCCCAGGGCCAGCUCGUGGUGGCGGAUGCAGGGGAUGGCUACAUCAAAGUGUACCAGUACCAUUUGGAACUGGCCUGAUCUGGUGGGCUUGCAGGGGAGACCAGCUGUGCGUGGGCCCAGCCUCCAGGGCCCAGACCAUGAUGGGAGGAAUGUUCAGGGUUGGUGGGGUCCUGGAGGGCUGCUGGCCAUGCCUUCCUGACCCUGCAUGUUUGUGACACUUCUGAGCCAGGCCCUGGACUGUCCUCCUGUCUCUCUCACAGAGGAUUCAGACUUCCUUGACAGUCCUAGCUCCUAAUCAGACAGAGGCAGGCAGGGAGGGUGUGGUUGGGCUGAGCUGGGCCGGGCAGUGUAGUUUGGGCAGGGGUGUGGCCCCUCACUGUCCCCCAUCCUCAGAGGCCCCAGGUGCCGAGUCUCCUGCAGCUUCCCUGGGCCCAGCUGAGGUAUGGGGGGAGCAGAGGAGGGGCCACCCUGGAGGAGCCCUGGGGUGACACAUGGCUGGGUUGGAAGCCUCCAUGCCGUCUCUUUCUCCCAUGUGAAACUGUCUGAGCCUUCAUUUUCUCCUCUGCACAUGGGAUCAAAGAGCUGCAAGCUCAUGUGGGGGUGCUGGGAGAGUUCCCUGGGCAGUAGUCAAGUGUAAGAGAGCCUUCCUGUGAGGACAGACUCCUGCUGCUUAAAAACAGCACGAAAAUGAAGCCAAAAGUGGUGGGGAGGUUUGGGGUUACACUGAGUCUGGGGCCCAGCUAGGCUCCUAGUUCUAGUGAGGGGUCUUCAGAGGGAGGAGACAGUGCCUAGUCCUGUCCCUGGGAGCUGGUGAGGGGAUGCACCAAUCACAAGGACCUGUGGAGAAGAGGGUGGAUUAAGUGGGUCGGUGUAAGGAGAUGUGUAGCAGGUACUCAAUAAACAUGAGUUAGUUGUUGCUGCUGGUAUUAGGGAUAUCGUUCCCUGGAGCAGAAGGCUCAGGGAUGCCUCCUGACUAUCAGAUCAGAUGGCUUCAGCCUCCAGGCUGGCCCUCCAAACUCCCAAGCUCUUUUGGCCCUCGAGGGACCUGGGUGGGGGGCCCUAUGUAGGGACCAGGGCACAAGGGGGUCAGCCUGGGACUCUACCCAGGGCCUGGGAGCCCUAUCAUCUGGAAGGGUGGGUGUAUGGUAAGGUCUGGGACCCUCAAAUGUCGAGUCCACUAAGUCACUCACGUGAGGAAAGCAGGGAUGGGGGAGGUUUGGUGGCUGUGGGAAGGUGGGGAACUGGAAGGCAGAGGUAUUGGGGGCACUAGGUAGACUGGAGUGGGGACAAAGAUUCUGAGCGGGGACAAGGGCGCCGCACGCAGGCCUCUAGCUCCGGGGGCCGGAACGUUGCGUGCACGGAACGCACGGGCCAGGGGCUGGCGGGCAGCCCGGGCGCCUUUCGGGGAGGACCGUCACGCGGCAACGCCUGGAGCCGGCGGAA